AUGUGCGGGUGGCAGUACGGUGCAAGAGUGCGUGUGGCAGUACAGAGUACGGGUGCGGGUGACUGUACAGAGCUGAAGUGCAUGUGGCAGUACAGAGUAUAUGUGCGGGUAACAGUACGGUGCAGGAGUGCCUGUGGCAGUACAGAGUAUAUGUGCGGGUGGCAGUACGGUGCAGGAGUGCGUGUGGCAGUACAGAGUAUAUGUGAGGGAGGCAGUACGGUGCAGGAGUGCCUGUGGCAGUACAGAGUAUAUGUGCGGGUAGCAGUACGGUGCAGGAGUGCCUGUGGCAGUACAGAGUAUAUGUGCGGGUGGCAGUACGGUGCAGGAGUGCCUGUGGCGGCAGUACAGAGUACGGGUGAGGGUGACUGUACAGAGCUGAAGUGCGUGUGGCAGUACAGAUUAUAUGUGCGGUUGGCAGUACGGUGCAGGAGUGCGUGUGGCAGUACAGAGUAUAUGUGCGGGUGGCAGUACGGUGCAGGAGUGCGUGUGGCAGUACAGAGUAUAUGUGCGGGUGGCAGUACGGUGCAGGAGUGCGUGUGGCAGUACAGAGUAUAUAUGCGGGUGGCAGUACGGUGCAGGAGUGCCUGUGGCGGCAGUACAGAGUACGGGUGCGGGCGACUGUACAGAGCUGAAGUGCGUGUGGCAGUACAGAGUAUAUGUGCGGGGGGGCAGUACAGUGCAGGAGUGCGAGUGGCAGUACAGAGUACUGGUGCGGGUGGCAGUACAGUGCAGGAAUGCGUGUGGCAGUACAGAGUAUAG